UACCGCAAAUUAUUAUUUGAAUCUAAAAUUUUGACGACAAUUGUGUGUCGUUUACAAGUCGUUCUGUUAUUUGAAUUAAAAUAAUUUUUACUAUGAUUUAUCUAAUAAGUCUUGUUAUAUUACUCAUUAGCCCAGUUAUGCCGAAACCACGAUAUGUAGAACUAGAUGAGGAUGAGCAACAAUUGUUUCGGGCUGCAUACGAAACUCCUUCUUACGACAACGAUGAAUAUGAGGAAGGCGACGACAUGCAACUCGGCAAGUUAGAUCUUCUUAAAGAUGGCUUGUGGGCUAUAAAAGCUAAGAUAAAUGAACUAAAGAUGUUUAACAAGGCUUUGGCAGCUAAUUUAUUAUCAACAAAACUAAAGAUCAAAGAACUUAUAAACCACCAAAUAACCAUGAAAAAACAUCAACAUGAAACGCCUGAAAAGAAAAAACCUAUCCAUAAUUAUCAACCUCAACCUUAUCCAUCGUACGAGCCGCAAAUACCACAAUAUGGUGCACCUCAACAUGCACACGAUCCGUACUACGGGCAUUAAUGCACCACGAAUGAAAAAAUUGCUACGCUGGACGUUCUUCUUAUGUGCUUCUUUAUAUAUACAAGAAAUAUUUAUCAAACUGCCUUCAUUCUGGUAACAGAAUUAAUUUAAUAAUAUUAUGAAAUACCAAUUACAAUUGCCUAAUU